AUGUGUCUAAUGCGCGCGAACCACGGAACAAGACAAACACCAAUCAAUACACCGCAACAAAAGCACAAAGAAACAGAUUUAGCGUCCUUGAAAGGACACGUCUGCAGUAAGGGCGAUUUACAAGACAGGAAGAAGCAGGAACAGCAAAACGUACGUGAGGAGGCGGCACGUGCUAUUAUUAUUAUAGAGUGCUGGCGGGAGGGGGAAGAGGAGGAGGAGGAGGAGGAGGAGGAGGAGGAGGAGGAGGAGGAGGAGGAGGAGGAGGAGGAGGAGGAGGAGGAGGAGGAGGAGGAGGAGGAGCUUCAGGCUGAGAGGUGGAGAGCAGCAGCACUGCUGUGGAGGAGGAGCAGGAGCAGGAGCAGGAGAUAA